GAACAAGAACGAGAAAACCCCAUAUUUUUUUCGUCUUUCUUGUGCAGAUCUAUCCUCUCUUUUUUUUCUUUUUUCUUUUUUUUUUAUGAAAUUUGUUGAAUUUCUUGAUCAAUUUCAGUGCUUGGGGAAAACCCUUUACUGGAAUUUAAAAAUUUAGAAUUGGGUUGGAGUUGUUAUGGCGACAGCGGCGAUAUUUUCUUCCAUCAGAAGACGGAGAUCGCCGUCUCUAGAAGCGUUUUUGGCUCCCGUUGACUUUACCAACGUGGCCCUUUUACAGACGCUGGCGUCGAUUUCGGCGAUGCUUGUUUCUGGCUUCUCUGACAAAUCUUUCUUCUUUCAGCGGAGGAAUUCCCUGUCUUUGAUUCGUAAGAUUGAGGUUUUUGUUGUGUUGUUGGAGUACUUGAGGGAUUCCGGUUCGGCUUCAAGGCUACCAACAACAGCAAUAUUGUGCCUCAAGGAGCUGUAUUUGCUGCUGCACAGGUCCAAGAUACUUCUUGAUUAUUGCGCGCAAUCGAGUAAGUUGUGGCUUUUGAUCCAGAACCAUUCAAUUUCGGGUCAUUUUCAUGAUUUGAAUCGGGAGAUAUCUACUCUUCUGGAUGUGUUUCCCAUUAAAGAUAUUAAAUUGAGUGAUGAUGUUAGGGAACAGGUUGAGCUGUUGCAGAAACAUUCUAGGCAGGCGAACUUGUAUAUUGAUAUAAAAGAUGAAAAUUUAAGGGUUGGGUUCUUCUCAUUUCUAGAUGAGUUUGAGAAUGGGAGGAUACCCAAUGCGGUGGAGUUGAGGUUGUUCUUUGUGGAGAGAUUGGGGAUUAAGGAUGCCAAGAGUUGUAGAUUUGAAAUUGAGUUUUUGGAGGAGAAGAUUGUGAAACGUGAGGGAGAUGUUGAGCCUACAGCUCCUGUGCUUAAUGGGUUUGUUGCCAUUAUCCGGUAUUGCAGGUUUCUGCUAUUUGGGUUUGAGGAGGAUGAGGUGGGACUGGGUUCUGGAAAUCAGAAGAAGCUGAGAAAAGGGUUGAUUUCUCAGGAGAUUGCAGAUACGUUUAUAACGAUUCCUAAGGAUUUUUUUUGUCCAAUAUCAUUGGAUUUGAUGAGAGAUCCAGUGAUAAUAUCAACAGGGCAGACUUAUGAUCGGAGUUCCAUAUCUAGGUGGAUGGAGGAAGGACAUUAUACUUGUCCAAAGACAGGGCAAUUGCUUGUCCACAAUUGCCUUGUUCCUAAUCGUGCCUUGAGGAACUUGAUCAUGCAGUGGUGCACCAUGAAUGGAUUCCCUUAUGAUCCUCUGGAGGGCACCGAAGCAUCUGCAGAGUCUUUUGUGUCUCUGCCAAGCAAAGCUGCAAUUCAAGCCAACAAAGCCACAGCAUCUCUUCUUGUUCAACAGCUAGCAAAUGGGUCCCAAGGUGCAAAGACUAUGGCAGCACGUGAGAUUCGCUUGUUAGCAAAAACAGGAAAAGAAAACCGUGCUAUCAUGGCCGAAGCUGGGGCAAUACCCCAUCUGCGGAAGUUGCUGUCCUCUACAAACCCUGUUGCACAGGAGAAUUCUGUUACUGCAAUGCUUAAUUUGUCUAUUUAUGAUAAAAAUAAACGCCGGAUAAUGGAUGAGGAAGGCUGUUUAGGAGCAAUUGUUGAGGUCUUGAGGUUUGGCCUUACAACAGAGGCAAGGGAAAAUGCUGCAGCUACGUUAUUCAGCCUCUCUGCAGUUCAUGACCAUAAGAAGAAAAUAGCAGAUGAGGGUAAGUCAGUUGAAGCCUUAGCAGGAUUGUUGAGAGUAGGAACACCAAGAGGUAAGAAGGAUGCUGUGACUGCAUUGUUUAAUCUGUCCACUCAUACAGAAAAUUGUGUGAGAAUGAUAGAAGCUGGAGCUGUCACAGCCCUAGUAGGUGCAUUGGGAAAUGAAGGGGUUGCAGAGGAAGCAGCAGGGGCCUUGGCCUUGAUUGUCAGGCAGCCAACUGGGGCUGAAGCAGUGGGGAAAGAAGAAAUGGCGGUGGCAGGAUUAUUAGGGAUGAUGCGAUGUGGAACACCAAAAGGGAAAGAGAGUGCAGUUGCUGCAUUGCUUGAGUUGUGCCGGAGUGGUGGGGCUGCCACAGCAGAAAGAGUCCUUAAGGCCCCAGCAUUGGCUGGUUUGCUCCAGGCUCUUCUGUUUACUGGUACAAAGAGGGCAAGAAGAAAAGCAGCAUCACUUGCUAGAGUGUAUCAGAGGUCUGAGAAUGCAACCUUGCAUUUUGGUGGAUUGGGUGUUGGAUAUGCAUUUGCAGGUAACUCCACCACAAACAGUGAUCCAGUCUCAGUUCCCAUGUCUAUCUCAGUUCCUGUUUUGUAACAGUAACUUCACCUUGUGGUAUCAGCUUCCCUGCCUAUAUAAGUUCCCAUUUUUGUUGGUAAUAUUUACGAUUCUUUCAUUGAAAUUUCAGAUAAUGAGCAAAAAGGAAUUAUAGAAUUAUCAUACAUAAUAUGUUGAGCAAUUAGUUUGGUCUUAUGUAUGUAAUCAGUUAUUGAGAACUACAUAUAAAAAUACCAACAAAGAAAUUUUCAAAAUUUUA